AUGAUAUCAGCCACACGUCGCUGGUUGCGGCGGCACCGCACCGGGAUAGCCAUCGGCGCUGGAAUCGCUGGCGCGGGAUAUUUGGCCGCUCAAUAUGUCAUUGGGAAGGUCAACGAGGCGCGAGAGCGCAUGCAGAUGGACAAGAUCGCGAAGGAGAAUAUCCGACGGCGAUUCGAGCAGAACCAGACCGAUUGUACCAUCACAGUCCUUGCCCUGCUGCCCACUCUCACCGACAAUAUCGUGGAGGAUCUCCCCGUCGAGCAAUUGACUCAUGAACUGCAACAGAAGAAGGCCGAAAGACUGGCACGUGCCUCAGGAGAAGGGAAGUCCGAAGUCUCGUCCAUGCAUGAUGGCGACACGGCAAGCAUGUCCAGCUUUCAGACGGGAAGCUUCAUGCAUACCAGUCAGAUGCCGCUCAGUGGAGGCCAGUCGCCGGGUCCCCGGCGGACCAAGGCCCAACUCUGGAAUGAGUUGAAGGUGACCUCGCUCACAAGAGCAUUUACGCUGAUCUACAGUCUGUCGUUACUUACGAUACUCACAAGAAUACAAUUGAAUCUCCUUGGCCGACUGAAUUACCUCUCCUCGGUCAUUUCGCUUGCUCAGCCACCGCCACCGGGCAGAGCGAACUCUAUCUCCCUGGAAGAUCAUGACGAUGGGAGUGCAGGAGCCGGCUUUGGGAAUGACUUCGAGACGAACCGAAGAUAUCUGACCUUCUCAUGGUUUCUGCUGCACAAAGGGUAUGCGCAGAUCCUGACGAAAGUCAGGCAAGCAGUUGAAGAGGUGUUUGGAGGUAUUUCGCCUAGUGAGGGAAUCACUGCAGCUAGACUGAGUGAUCUGGUUCUUGAGGUGCGGAAGAAGGUCGAGGGCAGUUCGGAGCAGGAGAGGUAUGCUACGAGGUGGCUGCCAUAUGUGCUGCCACCAAAGGAGGAGGAGGAGGCCGUUUUGAUUGAGUCUGGCGUGAUCACUCCGCCCGCUACCUCACCAGGCUCAGAGUCACUGCACCCAGAGCACGACGAGAGCAGGCACGGCUCAAUCCACAUCGACACAUCAACGGGACCGUUGCGUCAACUGCUGGACGAGACGGCCGAUCUGAUCGAUUCGCCUACUUUUACGAGAAUUCACACCCUGCUACUGGGCUCGAUGUUCUCACAUCUCAUCGACGCUCGAGUUAUUGCACAGUCAUACCCACAACAGAGGCCACACUCGCCCUCAUCGUCGAUUUCCAGCGCACCAUAUCCGCGUAUCCAAGAGCUUGACUCGGCGGUCACCGUCGUGCCAGGGGAGCCUCGUGUCAAACUCGCCAAUAUACUGGCAGUCAUCACGCGCCAGGCACACGCCAUCGGCAACGGCAACAACCCACCUAAUGAAUAUGUAUCAACUGCAGAGGCAGAAGUGAAGGAGCUCGAGGCUUUUGCAGCGGUCAUCUAUGCGAGCAAUAUAGACCACAGUCUGGACGUCCAUCAGCCGAAUCAUGACGAGGGUGGACUGAAGGCUUCGGAUGGGAUUGGCGUUAGUGACGUCGGUGCCGAACCCGUGAAUGAGUUGAUCGAGAGUAAGCUGGAGAGUGCGUGGACCAAGGUGACUGGGUCGACUUCGUUCUCGUCCCGGUGA